CAUGAUUCUUUAUUGAACUCUUCUGGUUGUCAAGGAAUAAACAACCUCCCACUUUUUUCUAAGGUCUAGACUAAGACAGUCAAUACAAAAAAUUCAGAGUAAUAGGUCAAUUUAAAACUCUAUUAAAUUUCAAAUAAAAAAGCUAAGUAUAUAUAUUUAUAUACAUUUAUUUUAAUUAAUAAUUAAGUUGAGUUAUUUUUUUACAUGCAAUCAAGACAAAAGUGUUGUCAUCAGUGUCAAGAUAGUUGGAAAUCAGGUGACAAUUUAAAAAACAAUAAUUAUUGUAUUGAAGACAAAGUGUCAUCUUCAUAUGAUCAUGGUUUAUCAGGAAAAAAACAAGCAGUUCGUCAAAAUUCUGUUACCAAUAGAUUUAAAAUUGCAAGAAAAUUUCAUGAUGUCAAUCUUCAGCAUCAGCCUUUGCCUGAUAAAGUAGACGAUUCGGCAUUUAAAAAUAUUCGAUUGUAUCAUGCAAAACAAUUGAGCAAAUCAACACCAGAUUUAACGAAUGACAUUGAGUUACGAGGUAAACCAAGAAGUCGAAAAAUACAUGCAAGUCUUCAGUAUGGACCUAGUCUUGGCUGUAAAAUACCCACGACAAACAUGGACUUGGCAAUAUGUUGGGAAGCACCAAUUGAUCCACUGUAUGAACCAGCUAAAACAGUUCAUAUUGAUGGAUCUGAUGGUGGUCCAGCUCCAGCAAUAUUUGCUCUUGUUCAGCAUGAAACAAAAGAUGAAAAAAUAUACAAGACACCUGUCGAAAGAUUUGAAUCAAAAUUUAGCAAUGUCAGAGGUCAAUAUAAUCCAGCUGUUCAUCAACAAAAUUAUACUUUCAAUAAGACCACUCAUCACUCAUCAAAAGAUGAAGAAGCUAGAAAAUUUAAUGAUGAUAUUUGUGAUAAUUUUAAUUCACUUCGGAUCACUGAGCCUAGUCAUCGAGUUAAUUCAGGACUAUCAAUGAAUAUACAAGGAAAAAGUUAUCAACCUUGUCAUUCUGAUAAUUAUAAAGCUUGCAAUUGCAAAGAUGAUACACCAAAAAAAUUAAAAAGACCUAUAUUCUCUGCACCAGCUUAUCGAGAUGGUUUAAAUUAUCGUAGAAAUAGAUUGGCAACCCAGGUGAUGAUACCACGACCUAGAACACCAUAUGCAAAACGAAAUUUUUGUAUUGAUACAUUGGCACCACCAUUUAGCAUUGUUGAAGGUAGUCGAGACAGUGAUUAUCCAGAGCAUUGGCGACUUGCAUCGGUAUAUCAACAGUCAUAUAGAAAUCCAAGAAGAAAUCCAAUAUGA